AUGAUUCCCAAAACAGAAAAGGAUAUGGAGAUAAUUGCCAAGGCUCGAGGACUCCAAAGUAUCUGCUCGGGAGAAGAAUACGAGCGAAUGAUAACACCAGAGCUCAUAGAGGGUAGGUUGCGAGCAAGACAGCUCACUGGAGAAUUUAAUGCAUCUCUUUGCGGAGAUGUCAGUUCAAAAAAGACCGAUCAACAGAGAGAAUCCAUCCUCAAGACACUCUUCGGUUGCACAGGACAAAGCAUCUAUAUUGAACCACCUCUCUUUGUCGACUAUGGAUGUAACAUUAGUAUAGGGGAGAACUUUUAUGCCAACUUCCAUCUUACCAUUCUUGACUGUGGAUUGGUCACGAUUGGGAACAAUGUGGAAAUCGGCCCGAAUGUCAGUAUCAUCACUGGGGAGCACCAUACCAUGAUCGCAGACCGAAGAGCAAACCGAGGAUAUGAAUUUACACGGCCCGUUGUUGUUGAAGACGACUGCUGGAUCGGUGCUGGUGUUAUAAUCUUAGCCGGUGUGACGAUUGGCUCGGGCUGUUCGAUCGGUGCCGGCUCUGUCGUGAAGGCAAAUAUUCCACCUUUUAGUAUUGCGGUGGGGGUUCCUGCGCGGGUGAUCCGUUCAACCCAACAGGGUUCAACUGUUGAAUAG